GGUUUGGAUAAUUUUGCCAAGCAAGAAGAGCAAAGUAAAUCGAAGAAAAGCGGUCGACAGUUGUAUAACACAUUAGAAUUUCUGGACAGUGAAGACGACUCAAAUGUUCUAAAUGCCGGCCAAGGCGUAGAUGUGAUCUAUAUGAUGUCGCAUUUUCUGGACACCUGCGAUGAUACUUGUAUAAUAAGUGCAAUAAUAGUCGGCUUCUGUCGGCUUAUAUUGCGUGGCUAUAUUAAGUCUAGCGAUAUUAUUGAAAAAUUACUUUUGCGAUAUUUCAAUCCGAGCACAGAUUCGAACAUAAAUCAAAUAUUGGGUGUAUUUCUGGAAAAUUUGAUACUGCGAAAGAAGCAUGGUUUACUGCAACCUUGUCUACUGCCUAUGGUGUUAACAGUGCUAGGAGCACCAUAUGAGAAUCCAUUGCACGACAUACGUCCUGAGACCAUAACUCGCUUUAUCAUAGACUCUACGCGUCAGGAGACUUCACAACUAACAGAGGGCUACAUACACAACAAAAUUGCUCACACAUUCUUGCAAGAAAUGCUGAACAAUCUUACCAACAAGGAACUUUGCAAACUGUUGUCUAAAGAGCUGAUUACGUUAGAAUUAAAUGUAACACAGAAUGAACAACUAAAGCUUGAAUUGAAAGAGUGUGCUGAUAAGUUGAUAAAGGCUGAUUUCGAUCCUAAGACUGUAAAGCAUAUAAUAGAUUUCAAAGAUUUAGUUGAUGGAAAUUAUAAUCCUGCACGCAAACCUGCAGGCAACGAUUCGGAGGGUGAAGAG